AUGAAUCUUCAUCAGGUCCUCACAGGGGCAGUUAACCCUGGGGACAAUUGUUUCUCUGUAGGAAGCGUCAACAAUGUACCAUUCACGGCAUAUGCAUCUGGCUGUGACGUGGUCAUUUUGGGCAGUGACUUUGAAAGAGUGCAAAUCAUCCCGGGGGCCAAACAUGGAAAUAUUCAGGUGGGGUGUGUGGACUGCUCGCUGCAUGGAGGACAGAUUGCAGCUUCCUAUGGAAGCGUUGUAUGCAUCUUUGAGCCAGUUCAGCAUUCAGAUCAAAAAGACACAUCUAUGACAAAAUUGAACUGCCAAUGGCAGAAGAAUGUCCAGUUUGCUUUGCAGUCUAUGGUGCGCAACCUGGCAUGGCACCCCAAAGGGAGCAUGCUUUUAACGGGCUCCAGUUGCCUGCAGUUAUGGUCUCAUUUUGAUGGUGGAAAAGAUACUGCAGGAGGAAAGCAGCCAGAAAUACAAGAUUGCCAUUGUACUUGGAGUUGUAUUUGGCAAAGCAAAACCGCCUCUCCAGUAAGUUUAAUGAAGUUUUCUCCGGAUGGAGAAUUUUUUGCUACUGCUGGGCAGGAUGACUGCCUAAUUAAGGUGUGGUACAGCACUAGUAAGUGGAAAUCUGGAGGUUUCAGACUUUUCAGCCCUCCAGAAUCAAGUGUCAAAUUUAAGGGAGAGCUAACAUUUUCAUUUGUCUACCUGGCCCAUCCACGUUCUGUUAUUGGCUUCUCUUGGAGGAAGACCAGCAAGUACAUGCAACGGAGCUCAGUGUGUAAUGUCCUACUUACCAGCUGUAAGGACAGUGUUUGUCGGCUCUGGGCUGAGACGAUGUUGCCCGGGGACAGUCUCCUAUCGGGGCACCAUGGUAACCAGCACAGUGAUGCCCAGAGAUCUACCAGCUCUUCCAAAAUCUGCAAUGGAACACUACAGGAACCUUUUUAUCUCGACGUUCCACAAUGCCCGCUCACUGGCGGCCUGCCUCACAACCAAAGCCGGCACUACAACCACAAGAAGGGCAGCAACAACCUUCCCCAUGCCAAUGCGCUGUGUCACUUUCACAUCGCAGCCAGCAUCAACCCUGCCACAGACAUUCCACUUCUUCCCUCCAUAUCAUCCCUGAGUGCUGGGGAGGAUGAGGAGCCUGGAGGUCUUUUCACUGUUCAUUGGCUCAACAACAAAGAGCUUCACUUUACGUUAGCUAUGGAUGUCUUCCUGCAGCAAUUUUGUGGCAGCCUGGAGCAACACAAUGAAUGCUGUCAAGAAGAUCUUGAAAAUGAGGAUAACUUUGAAGAUGAAGAGGGCACCAGGCCAAGGGAGCCUCAAGGAUCUGAUGGCACAGCACCUCAGUUAGCAGCAAUGGAACACCAAGUAGAUGUGCUUUUAGAUGAGUGGAACAAAGGAGCAGACAUGCUGUUCAGCAUUCAUCCCAUGGAUGGCUCCCUAUUGGUCUGGAAUGUGGACUGGCUAGAUGAAUAUCAUCCUGGAAUGUUUAGACAAGCUCAGGUGUCAUUCGUGUCCCGUAUACCUGUGGCAUUUCCUGCAGGGGAUGCCAUCUCCCUCAGUCAGAGUGUCGUCAUGUAUGCUUGCAACAAGAAUGUGGAUUUGGCCAUCCAGCACGGCAGACAACGACCACCUGGGAACACACUGCACCAGACUAAAUCUGUGCUUAUUAGUUAUGGCCGUCAAGGGAAAGCAGCUCCAAGCAGCAGUCUUAGACUGAGCAUUUUCACUCCCAAUGUGCUUAUGAUUUCCAAGCAUGACGAUGGCUCCCUCAACCAAUGGGGUGUGAGUUUUGCGGAGGAUUCCGCAUUUUCCACAGUGUUAAGUGUUUCUCAUAAGUCAAGGUAUUGCGGUCAUCGCUUCCACCUUAAUGACCUUGCCUGCCACUCUGUGCUGCCUCUGCUUCUGACCACCUCACACCACAAUGCUUUGAGGACCCCCGAGGUGGACAGCAUCCUUGCCCCACCAGAAGUCUUCUCUGGUUCCCGCGGCUCACGGCCCAGCCGGUUGUCCCUGGGCGGCGUUUCCCAAGAUCCUAAUGCAAUCUACAGUGAGCUGAUUUUGUGGCGGGUCGACCCCGUGGGGCCACUGUCUCUGUCCGGCGGAGUGUCUGAAUUGGCUAGGAUCAAUUCUCUUCAUUCAUCAGCUUUUGCCAAUGUAGCCUGGCUACCCACACUCAUCCCCAGCAGCUGUUUAGGUGCAUACUGUAACUCCCCAAGCGCCUGCUUUGUCGCAAGUGACGGCCAUUCACUCAGGCUUUAUCAGGCGGUUAUUGAAGCCAAGAAACUCCUCAGCGAGCUCUCCAAUCCUGAGAUAUCCAAAUACGUUGGCGAAGUGUUCAACAUUGUCAGUCAGCAAUCAACUGCUAAACCAGGGUGUAUCAUUGAGCUGGAUGCUGUUACCGACUUUCAGGGAAAGGAGACGCAGCUCCUGCAUGUAUUUGAGGAGGAUCUAAUACUUGGCUGCGAUAGACCAGACAGCUCACAAGAAAUGACGGAUUCAUCUCCUUCUGCCUAUAACAAGCCCACCUUUACUGCAAGUUUUUUUCUUGUGGUUGUUGAAUUAACCCCUAGUGGUCGCUCCCUACUACAAAUGUGGCAUCUUCACCUUGCGGCAAAACCUGUCACCAUGGCAGAUGAGACUUUCUCCCCGCGAAACGCCCCCACAGCUGCUUCAACCAGCCGCUCAGAGUUUAACUUUGAUGCCUUCAGUUCGCCAAUAAUUCAGAAGAGUAAACCCUGCACCUCCAAUCUGCAGAGUGCGUGUCGGCUUGGUCUUGUCACACAGCGGCUCUACAACCAAGAAUUGCCUCUGCCAGUCGGAGUGGAGGCCAUCAGCGUUACACCUGCAGCAGGUCAUCUUAGUGCAUCGUGUUCCCUGCCAGCUGGCCGUGUGCCUUACCUCCUCGCUACUUCCUGUUCUGAUGGAAAGGUGCGUUUCUGGAGGUGUAAUGUCACAGCGUCUGAAACGUCUAGUAAUGACAAGUCUGUGUAUGAGUGGGAAGAGUGGCCUCUCUUCGUAGAAGAGAGGCUUCCCAGUUGCAGUGCUGUGAGUGUGCCAGGUCAUCCCGUUCAAGUCAGUUGCUGUCACACUGGACGGAUGGCGGUUGCCUACAGGCAGACAACACCUGACACACCUCCUAACUUGACACCUCAGCUAAACACUCAAAGGCUUUUGACUUUCCCUCCCGCCCUGGCUUCUUCACCUUAUUUGUACCAGGAGAACAUCAACCAUCAUGUCACGCCAACUGUGACUGUGCAGCACAGUGCAAAUGUGUCUUCUUCCCUAGCAAGUGCCAGAGAACAGUUGGUUUACAUCGGCAUUUUUCAGUGUGAAUCUACGGGAGGUUCACAGUGGAUUCUAGAGCAGACAAUCGUAUUGGAUAAAACUGAUCCAAUCAACACGCCAUCUCCAUGUGGAAACGCGGACUUGUCUUUGCCCAAUGAGCUUUGCCUUAGUUCUGCUCAUAAGAGCUUAGUUCACUUAGACUGGGUCUCCCAAGAAGAUGGGUCACAUGUUCUGACUGUUGGAAUAGGGACAAAAAUUUACAUGUAUGGUCGUCUGUCUGGCAAACCUCCUGAACUUUGCCUGACAUCUGAUGGCAGUCGAGACCAAAGCUUUUCGCGCCUGGUUAUGCUUCGAUCAGUUGACCUAGUCUCUUCUGUUGAAGGCUCGCCGCCCAUCCCAGUCUCCCUCUCCUGGGUGCGCGAUGGCAUCUUGGUAGUAGGUAUGGACUGUGAAAUGCAUGUCUACUCCCAAUGGCAGCCCCCACCACUGCUCAAAGCCAAUGCUGCCAUAGUUCAGGACACAGACAUCUGUAGUAGUGUGUCUUCCAUCGUCUCAGCGGUAAGACAAAGCCAAGAGGAUGGGCCAAAUCUUGGGCCUCCCACAUCCUUCCUGGCUCCUCCUAAAAAGGCCCUAACAAGGUCAAUGAUGAGCCUGGCUCAGAAGCUCAGUGGAAAGAGAACAGUCUAUGACCUUCCCUUGGAGAUGGAGGAUUCUGGACUCUUUGAAGCAGCUCAUCAGCUCUUUCCUACACUGCCUCAGUACCACCCAGUACAAUUGUUGGAGCUCAUGGAUCUCGGGAAAGUUCACCGUGCCAAAGCUAUCCUCUCCCACCUGGUGAAAUGCAUCGCUGGGGAAAUAGUGGCUCUUAAAGACAAUGCUGCUAACCCAGAGAAACGUGUGCGCUCUCGAACGAUCAGUGCGGGAGGAAGCACUGCCAGAGAAAGGAAGAUGUUUGGCAAAGAUGAGAAUUCAACGCCGGACUACACAGAAAUAAGCUCCAUUCCUCCUCUUCCCCUCUAUGCUCUCCUUGCAGCUGAUGAGGACACGCCUCCAAAACCUGAAAAAGUAGGUAGUGUGAGUGGUGACAGCGGCCAUGGAUCCAGUCACACGGAUGCUUACGAUGAGUUAUUUCACACACCAAGCAUUGCGGACUUGGAUCCUAUGGCUCAAGAUGAGCAAGAAGAACCUGGGAACAAGGUAAUUGACUUGUCCCAGUACAGCCCCACAUACUUUGGUCCAGAGCAUGCGCAAGUUCUUUCCAGUCAUCUCCUCCACUCCAGUUUACCAGGCUUAACUCGCAUGGAGCAGAUGUCACUCAUGGCACUCGCUGACACCAUUGCGACCACCAGUACAGAGUUGAAAGACAGCCAGGACCAGAGCAAAGGCGGCGAGACACUGGAUGACUGCGGCCUGAAGUUUUUACUUGCUGUCAGACUGCACACGUUCCUAUCUACCUCUCUGCCGCCAGCCCAUAGAGCACAGCUUCUGCGGCAAGGCCUCUCGACAUGUCAUUAUGCCUGGGCUUUCCAUUCUGAAGCCGAAGAGGAGCUGCUUCAUAUGCUGCCUGCCCUCCAUCAGGGAGAGCCCACCUGGCCUGAGCUACGCUCCAUGGGUGUGGGCUGGUGGCUUAGGAGCACCAACAAGCUUCGCAGAUGCAUUGAAAAGGUUGCCAAGGCCACUUUUCAGAGAAGUAAUGAUCCUUUGGAUGUAGCCAUAUUUUACCUGGCAAUGAAGAAGAAGGCCGUGGUGUGGGGACUGUACAGAUCACAGAAAAAUGCCAAGAUGACUGAAUUUUUCCGCAAUAACUUCAGUGAAGACCGAUGGAGGAAAGCAGCCUUGAAAAAUGCCUUCUCUCUGUUGGGAAAGCAGCGUUUUCAUCAUUCAGCAGCCUUCUUCCUUUUAGCCGGCUCGCUUAAGGAUGCAGUAGAGGUGUGUUUAGAAAAACUGCAGGACCUUCAGCUGGCCCUUGUGAUAUCCAGACUGUAUGAGUCAGAGUUUGAGACGGCAUCCACCUACAAAAAGAUCCUCCAGAGACAUGUGCUGGGACACGAUAAACAGAUACCAAUGCAUCAGGAUCCCUUCCUGCGAAGCAUGGCCCACUGGGUCCUGGAGAACUACAGCAAGGCCUUGGACACACUCUUAGUGCAGAAUACCAGUAACGCAAAGUCAGGGUCCACUGACACUGGUUCCGCGUCCUCAAGUAACGCUGAGGUUUUCAACUUCUACACCUAUCUCUGUACCCACCCACUCCUCCUACGUCGCCAUUUCGGCUCCUCUGACAAGGCCAAAGUCGCCCUGACAGCAGAGGGUCGUAGGGCUGACUCCAUUAGCCUGGAGGAGAGACGACUCUUCUUCACUGCCGCGUACGCUCACCUGCAAGCAGGAUGUCCAAUGCUUGCACUGGAAGUCCUUUCCAAGAUGCCCAAAGUCCGCAAAUGUUCCAUACUCAAUCAGGAGUCUGCCGAGGUCAGCGCUGGGAGUAAGAACGGGCCAUUAUCAGACCAGGAUUGGUCCGAGCCUGCUUUGAAUGGCUACGAGUCAGGCGGGGGAAGUUUGUCUAACAGCCGAUCGGAUUCAGUGUUGAGUUUUGACUGGAGCCAGCCAUCACUCACACAACCAGAUGAGCCUUUGGAGCUAAAGUGGGACAGUGAUAAAGAUGAGGAGGAGGAGGAAAGUAAAACUGUAAGAACUGCAGACAACAGCAGUGCGUUCAACGACACGCAGUACGACAUGUUGCCUCCAAUGGGGGCAGUGGCAACCGAGGAUACUGAAGACAACAGUGACUUCAUCGACCCUUCUGAAGAUGUCUUGGUCGCCCAGCUGAAGUUUACCGCCUGCUUGAAGAUUCUGACCAAUGAGCUGCGGACGCUUUCAACAGGGUACGAACUAGAUGGAGGAAAACUACGUUAUCAGCUGUACCAGUGGCUAGAAAAAGAGGUGGUGACGCUCCAGCACUGUUGCAGUUACAAGCCCUGUCUUCUAGAGGCGUCAACUCUUGAAGAUGCACCUAUCUCUCAGUUGAUGGGGGAUGACCUGGCCGCAAGCCCUUUCAGUGACAUGCAGAGAAGCAGGAGACACUGGCUGAAGAGUAACCAGCCCCUUCUGAGGAUGUUCCUGAGUUACUGUAGCUUGUAUGGCUCCCACGGUGGAGGACUGGCCUCUGUUCGCAUGGAGCUGAUUUUACUGCUUCAAGAAUCUCACCAGGAUAACUGUGGCCCAACAGCUGUGGCGACAUGUUCCCAGCACACCACAAUUCCUCUCUUGAUGGCUUGUACAGCCAAUGUUAAGACGGUGGUGGCCAAUCCUAUUGUUUACCUGACCAACCUCACGCAUGAUAUUCUGCAGACCAUGAACGCGCUCAACUCUCCUCCACAUCCAGAUGUUGUUAAUAACGAGAUAUACGUAAUGCACACCUUGGCUGCCUCCUUGUCUGCUUGUAUAUAUCAGUGUCUAUGUGACGGGCACUAUAGUCACGUGAACAACUUCACAGGAAUGGUGUAUCAGAGUGUUUUGCUCUAUGACAAGCAGCCAGCGAGAACCACCAGCAUGGAUGGCUCCAUUCAGCCAAACACUUCCCCUGCACAGUGGCCAGGUAUCACCUCAAUGAUCCGUCUGUUGAGUUCAGCGGGGGAUGAGAGUCAGCCGGGCUUAUCUGUGCUGCUCUGUGAGAUCCUGACAGCUGUUUACCUUAGCCUCUUUGUUCACGGCAUGGCCACUCAUUCAAGCAACGAGCUCUUUCGCAUCAUGGCCCACCCUCUCAGCAGCAAGCUCUGGGUGACUGUGUUCGGAGGAGGUGCGAGAACCCCUGUCAUUGAGAAAGCCAACAGUCCGGGAAAAACUCCACCGCCAGCUUCACCAGAAACUGACGCCUUUGAGAAGAAGCCCAGAAGGUUUCGACUGCUUUCACGCAGUGGCUCAAAGGAGGAAUCCGAAAAGGAGCCUCCUUCCAGUCCCAAGCCUGCACCUGUAGUGGACCAGGAAGCCACUUCCAUUUUCAAAGAGUUCUUCGUCCCACCAGAACUCAGCAUUUGGGAUUACUUUAUUGCAAAGCCCGUCCUACCACCGUCAGAAAACACAGUUCAGUAUGACUCAGAAGACAGCCAGAGCAGUGAUGAUGAAGAGGAGGGUGAAUAUGAUGAUCUAUUUGACCCCAACUCUCCUCAAAAAGAACAUACCAACUACAAUUCAUACAGUUGGUGUUUAAUGCGCUUGGCAAUGGUUCAGCUGGUACUAGUCAACCUGAAGUCUUUCUACCCGAUGGCAGGAUAUGAUCUAUUGGACCUGCCUGCGGGCUCCCCACUAUGUCACAGUGUUCUGAAGACACUGCAGCGCUGGGAGCAGGUGCUGCAGAAAAGACUAGAAAUCUUUGGAGGCCCCCCCUCCAAGUAUAUCUUCACACAAUCCCAGGAGGAAGCCAUCCCACCAGGCCCUGCCCUCCUCAGACACAAGGCACUCUUUGAACCAUCCAAUACCCCAUUCAGGACAAGCCAUCAUUCAGCGCUCCCUGUCAAGCGCCUUUGGCAGUUUUUGGUAAAGCAGGAUGAAGUGCAGGAGACGUUCAUCAAAAAUAUAUUCACCAAGAAACGUGAUGCCGCCGAGUUGGUUGAGGACCAGACUGAUAUGAAAUGUUCAGGGAUGGACGAGACAGGAAACCAUCAGACUGAGUCAGAUACGGGCUGCCCUGGAGGAAAGGCUCGCAUCAUUCACAAGGAGUCAGAUAUCAUCACGGCCUUUGCCAUCAACAAGGCUAAUCGUAAUUGCUUAGUCAUGGCCUCUACACAUGACAUUCAAGAGUUGGAUGUGUCAUCCAUCUUGGCCACACAGAUCUUGACGUGGAUCGAUGAUGAGGAGGUUGAAGCUAAAGGAGUGGGCACAGAGGACUUCCUGGUGGUCCAUGCACAUGAUGAUUUUGUCAGCCUGCACGGCACUACACCAUACACUCGCAGCAGCCCCGGCACACCCAUCAAUAUGCCGUGGCUUGGAGGCCAUCAGACAGGCCGGGGUGCUUCCGUGAUGAUCAAGAGAAAUAUCAACAAUGUAAGAAGAAUGACCUCUCAUCCCACGCUGCCAUACUACUUGACCGGAGCUCAAGACGGGAGCGUGAGGAUGUUCGAGUGGGGUCACUCCCAGCAGAUUAUUUGUUUCAGAAGUCCAGGCAAUUCCAGGGUGACCAGGAUUCGAUUCAACCAUCAAGGAAAUAAGUUUGGGAUUGUGGACGCUGACGGCGGUUUGAGUCUCUGGCAGACGAACACGACUGGGGCUGCUCCCAAACCCUAUCUGACUCUGCAGUGCCACAACAAGACGGCUCAUGAUUUUGUCUUUGUGGGCUCCUCCUCCCUCAUUGCCACUGCGGGUCUCUCCACGGACAAUCGGAACGUGUGUCUAUGGGACACUCUGGUGACCCCGAUUAACAGCCUUGUACAUGCCUUCUGCUGCCAUGAAUCUGGUGCAACAGUGCUGCUAAUGGCGCCCAGGCAGCAAUUGCUGGUCACAGGCGGGAGAAAGGGCUGGAUCAGCAUCCUGGAGCUUCCUCACAGACACCAGCGCCAGAGCUUCCAGGCCCACGAGUCGCCCAUCAAAGCCCUCGCUGUUGACCCAACCGAGGACUGCUUUAUCAGCGGUUCGGCCGAAGGCAGCCUCAAGGUGUGGAACCUGGCCACGCAGAGUCUGCUCUACUGCUUCCCCAACGAACACGCUCGCCAGUCUAUCUUCCGCAACCUGGGCACGGGCGUCAUGCAAGUGGAGGUGGGGCCGACCAAUCACAUCUACUCUUGCGGCGCCGACGGCACCAUGAAGAUGAGGAUCCUGCCCAACCGCUUCAGCGCCAACAACAGCCGACAGCCACGGCGACCUCAAGAACGACGUCAAGUUCAUCUCGUAGAAUAA